CUUAAUACUACAAAGCAUAUUAUUUCACGUCUUGACCUCAUCGGGAAGUUGUGCCUAAUUGUAAACUAUUAUUAAUCUUAUGGACAGUAUUUGCUAAAAAUCACCACAACGGGAUAUUCUUGAAUAGAUCUGACCAAACAUGAUCACUGGAGGAAGUUGAUAGUAAAUAAAGUAUAAUAAAAAUGAGCGUUUUCUUAAGGAUGGUGCCAAGUGUGACUAUAGUAUUAAUAAUUAUGCAAUGUUUGAUCCAAAUGACAAAAGGUUUGGAGUGCUACGACUGUACAGAUAAGCUAACUGCGGACCCCGAUCUCUGCAAAAGACUAAUCAGUGAGGACACGGUUGGAAAAUGUAAACCAAAGUCACGGGGGAAGUGCUUCAUCAGAAUGGAUCCAAAUAAUGUUUUGUAUAGGGGCUGCAUGGACUUCACAUUUUGGCCUGGCGUAGAUUUCUCGUACAAUGGCUGUAGGGAGCAAAAACAUACAGGAUGGGGUGGGAAAUCAACUAUAUGGUGCUUCUGUGAAUCCAACUAUUGUAACGUCAAUCUCAUCCAUAUGAAUCAGACUGGUCAGUUGACAACACCACGUCCAAUAACGAGGCGCACAACACUCCCCCCAACCAGGCAAACAACUACCCCAACCACAACUUAUAGAACAACAAAAUCUCAACCAAUUCAACCACCGACACAACCUACAACAGUCGCCUCGUCAACAGACAAAGUCCCUGUUGCUACUACGAGUGAAUAUGCGAUAGUGGAUGGCUUCUGUAAAGGACGUGACAAGCCUUGCGAACACAAUUGUCGUUACGUAGAUGGGAAGGUCACGUGUACUUGUAAUGAGGGAUUCACACUUAAUAGUGAUGGAAAGACAUGUCGAGAUGUCGACGAGUGUCUAAUCUAUAAUGGAGGAUGUGCUUUACAAUGCAUAAAUGUCCCUGGGUCUUUUUUCUGUGGAUGUUUGCCAGGUUACCAGCUGUCAUUUGAUGGCAGGUCGUGUGUAGACAAGAAUGAGUGUAGCGAAUAUAAUGGAGGGUGUAGCUUUAGGUGCGUCAACGCUCCUGGAUCGUUCUAUUGCGAGUGUCCCAAAGGCUUUGAGUUGGACGUUGGGCGACGUAACUGCAUCGACUAUAACGAGUGCCAGAAUGAAAAAACAGAAUGCGCUGGCAGGUGUAUCAACACGGCUGGUUCUUACCAUUGUGAGUGUGAAGGUGGUUUUCAACUCAACCCAGACUCGAGAACAUGUGAUGAUGUCAACGAGUGCUCUGUGAACAAUGGAGGAUGUGCUCAUGCCUGUACAAACCUCCCCGGAUCGUUUGAAUGUGGUUGCGAGAGUGGCUAUUCUCUUGGAAAAAACAGUGCCACUUGUGAUGAUAUAAACGAGUGUCUCUACCACAAUGGAGAAUGUGAGCAAUCGUGUGUGAACACUGCAGGAAGUUACUAUUGUGUUUGCAAACCAGGUUAUCAUAUCAACGCUGACGCAAAGCAUUGUGAUGAUGUGGAUGAGUGCUUAUUUGCAAAUGGUGGCUGCUCCAAUAUGUGCGUCAACAGGCGAGGCUCAUUUUCUUGUGAAUGCCCUCCUGGGCUGAUGAUCGCUAGAAACAACAAACAAUGCAUCGAUAUCAAUGAAUGCUUGGAUCGCAAUGGGGGAUGUGAACACAAGUGCGUAAAUAGCCUUUCUUCGUAUAGUUGUAAAUGCCCUAAUGGAUUCUCUUUAAACGUCGACGGAAAGAGUUGUGAUGAUGUUGACGACUGUUCAUUGAACAAUGGCGGGUGUGAACAGAUCUGUGACAAUAUCGCCGGGAGGGGUAGGUGCAGAUGUAAGCCUGGCUAUCUUUUAAAUAGUGAUGAAAGAACCUGUAGUGAUGUGAACGAAUGUGACAGAAACAACGGUGGAUGUCGUGUUACGUGCAUCAACACACUUGGUUCAUACUCAUGCGCUUGUAAUACUGGAUACCAACUAAAUGUGGAUGGGAAAUCUUGCGAUGAUGUUAACGAGUGUAACGUUAUCAAUGGUGGAUGCAGCCAGACGUGUGUUAAUACUGCAGGAGGUUAUAUGUGUGACUGUCGCUCUGGAUACAAUCUAAAUUUCGAUGGCACUUCAUGCGAUGAUAUCGAUGAAUGUCGUUCCAAUAAUGGUGGUUGUUCGCAGACAUGUUCCAACACGGCUGGUUCGUUUGUCUGCGGGUGUAGAAAUGAAUUGUUUGUACUCGAUGGGAACAGGCGAGAUUGUAUAGCUGUAUGUCCAGGGGAUUUUAAACGAGCAAGGGGCCUGGAAUCAUGUUAUCAAGUCUUCUCCGACACAAAUGAUGUCAAGACUCAACCCGACGCUGCAGAUGCGUGCGAGGCACUCUUCCCAGGAAGCCAUCUUGUGACAAUCGAAACAAAUGCAGAGAAGAACUAUCUGGGAUCAAUUCUCGCAAUGGAACCACAGCUCCUUCAGGGGUGGCAAGGAUGGUGGACGUCAGCUAAUUUCAGUAGCGGUAUCAACGAAUUCGCAUGGACCACAACAGGCGAUGUCAUACCAUUCAAUAGUCCCAAUUGGGGAUUCAAGAAAACACCUUAUGUGGACACUUGUGUAUGGAUUCUCCAGAUAUCCGUUUAUAACUAUACAUGGGGAAAUUAUGACUGUGGGGAGAAAACUGGAUACGUAUGCGAAUUAGAGCUCCCCAGUCCUUAAGGCAUCAUUUCAAAGUUUUAGUAUGAGCAUAUGCACAUUUUACACAUUUUGAUUAUGAUUAUCGUCAUCUCCCCACAUACAAUACUAGUUCAUAUAAAAUACGACUGUUCCUGUUGGUAAAAGACAUGAAUAUUAAUAAUACAUAAUUAUUAAUUAUUAAUUUAUGCAAUAAAUAUUGGAAAAAUAUUGAUAAGUUUAUCGUAUAAUAUAUAUACGCAUAUUCUAU